GCCAGGCGGUACUGCAAGCGGGUGGUGAUGGCCGCCCGGGUGAGGGGUGGGCGCCUGGUGCUGAAAUCCUUCAAGGACAUCCCCCUGGAGAAUCUGGAGAGCCUGCUCCCGGCCGUGCGGGUCCACCUACCCCUGAGGGACCGCACCCUGCUGUACGCCAGCCUGCUGGUGGGUGGCACCGCCCUCUUUGCCAACCUGGCAGUGCUGGGCCUCCACAGCCUGAGGGUGGACUUUGCCCUGGUGCUGGUGCUGUUUGCCGUGCUGAUGGGGCACCGGCGCCACCGGCUGUUUGAGCGGCGGCGGGAGCAGCACGCCCUGGAGCACGCGGUCACCCUGUACACCAAGAGUAUCUCCAACAACGGUGAGACCAUCAUGGCACUGGUGCAGCGGGCACAGCAGGAACACCUCAAGGAGAUCCUCCUGGCACACAGCUUCAGGCUGCUCCUCCUCCACCAGCACCGCAGGGGGGAGCAGGUACCACCGUGGGACGGUGAGUACACAG